CAGAAGUAUCGCGAGACUUAACCACAGCAUCACAACAACGAAGGAAGACGCUUAAAAAACAUUCAUUGUGGGCUUGAGAAGUCCCAGGCUUUUUAUGUGAACAAAAAUAUGCAAGUUAAUCAUUAAUGUCAGCAAUUAUCAGGCAUGAACAGGAAACGAGCUCUCAUUUCAGACACUUUCAACCUGAAGAAAAGGAGAAAAGUCUCCGAGAAAUUUGGAGCUGGUAACGACAAGGAUGAGCCAAAAGACAUCAAAUCCACCUUAGAGUACCUUAUGACGCUUUUUCCAAGAAAGCUUUUCAAUGACACCUUGCCUCAAGUGGUGUUGAAGCAUCAGCUGUACAGCAUUCACAAUGACAAAACCUUGGUGGACAAGGAAGUGCAGAAUAAACUGCGCGAAUGUGGAGAGCUGCUGAUGUUUCAGCUGGGAUUCGACUCCGAAGCCUUUGGUUUGGUUUUUACAUCAGACUACAAGACCAAAGUGCUGGCAGGCGAGGAGGGGAAAGGGACCAGAACAACGGUGGAGAAGUUUUUGGAAAAAGUCUUGCCCUCAUGCACCGAUCUGAGCUUCAGCAAAGACAAGAUGCUGAAAGUGUUUCUCUUCACGGACUCUGAGAUAACGCAGUUGGUGAAAUCAGGCGUCCUGACGGUGAGAGAGGCUGGCAGCUGGUGGCUGUCCAUUCCCAACUCUGGCAAAUUCACAAAAUACUUUAUACAAGGUCGUAAAGCCGUGCUUGGUAUGGUGAGGAAGUCCAAAUAUGGUGAAGUGUUACAAGCAGAUUUAGAAGAGCGACGAACGACUUCACAAGUGAAAUUCCCCCUGAGAUAUCAUGUCCAUGACAUUGUUGGGGCGGAGCUGGUAGAAAGCAUACCUACAACAUCUGGGACUUUGCUGCGAUUUGUGGAUUCCUGAGUUGUUGCUGAUUAAAACAUUAAAAUGUUGCUCAAAAUGAUCAAAGACUGUAGAAAGAGAGAAAUGACUUAUGAUUAUAAGAUGUAAAGUCUGUGUCCAAUGCACUUUAAAGCCUUAUGGAGUCACGAAUUGUCAAUUUUAUUGACAUGGCAUUGAGUUUUGGUUUUUAAUAAAAAAUGAUUUGAAAUGUGUCAUUUCCCUUCAACGUGAGAAGUCACAACUUGUGCUAAGAAACUGCAAACCUCAUCACGAGUUUCAAACAAGUCUCAAAACAUUUGCAAGAGAUGCUAAACACGCCAUUGUGGGCUGCAAGGACUUGUUCCUGUUUUACUGGAAUUUUGAUCACAUCCCAAAAAAUUACAGGACAAAAAUUUCUGCUUAGAUUAGCCACUAUGGUCCGCUAAAGUAUCUCUGCACUAAACACAUUCCAGUUUCUAUUGUCUAGUAUUUCUGCUAAUGAACAGAGUCAGUAGAUGUCAACAGCGUAUGGGACUCAAUUCCUUACUGUGUCUCACUGAUGCGCUCCCCACACAAUGCGCACAAUGUAGAUGACCUCCAGUGGUUUGAUGGGCUGUGAUCGUCUGCCCACUGAUGCCUGCGAAUUGCCCACUCUGCUGCACUGAUGACCCUCACAGUACCUGGGACCACAAGACCCCCGUUGUUCUUCAGGGUCAGCAAAUGGUAGCUCUGGUCACCACAGGCAGAUGCAGCAUCCAUCACCAGGCUGGCACGGCAGAAAACGGUUACUCCGGUCGUUCACGGACGACUCACAAGGUUCCAGCUCGCUCAGGUUUCAGAAGGUGUAAACCUGCCCCGUGGUGGGCAUUUGUGGUACUACAGUUCAGACAACAUAAACAGGUUUAGUAGCCCUAUACUUCUCAUGGGUUAUAUUUACCAUUCUUAUUUACUACACUUUACAGUUGAUAUCUAUGGUAGAACAUAAAUGUGUAUUAACUUGUGUUAUUGUCUAGGACUACCAGCAAAACAAAUUCAGGUGACGCAUCUUUCACUUGUAUGAUUCUGUAGCUGCGAAGAAGAUAAAGUUGCAAAUGCUAAAACAUUUAUUAGCUUUUGUUACCAUUCUCAAGAUCUUUUUUAGCUCUUCAUAAGCCUUCAGUUUGUCCAUUCCCUGUAACAUAAACAAGGUGAUUACACAACUGUUUUAAUGUAAUUGAAGUAUCUCCAGCACCACUGAUGCCAACUAGAAUAAAUUACCCAAAGAAAAGGUGCCACUCUAAUUCACCUGAUCAUAGAAAAUUCACUUGUCUUCUAUGAUUUAUGCUGAUGUAAUUUUGAAAACCCAAAUGCAACCCAAUUAAUUAAUCGUAGCAAAUGACCCAAGAGAAAAGGCCUAUCCUUCGUGCAGAAGGAAGCCCAAUCUGCUGCUGUCACAGGCUGAUGACAUCACGCCAAGUCCACUGCCAUGCGACAAUGGUACCCCCUGCUAAAUUCUAGAUUUUACUGAAGCAUUUUAGUUUGACAUUUUCCCUGAAGCCGUUUUUCCUGAAACCUGAGGCUUUUUUUUUCUUCAUGGUGAAGUCUUGAGACCUGAGGUUGUCCUAAAAUGUACGCCUACCUUAGACCAUUCUGCAAACUCUAGAGGUGGUUGUGUGUGAAAGAAAACCUCCAAAGACCAGCCCAUAAGGCACCAACAACCAUUUGACAAGGAGCUUUUUUUCCUCGUUCAGCAGGUCAUCUGCACUUCCAGGUGCCUCUAGACGAGUUGCUGCCAUGCGACUGGGUGAUCAGCUGUUUUGUUAAUGAGUGCAGCUAAGAAAGCAGAUGCUUCAGAAGUGAACAAGUCAAUAAUUUAACCGUCUUGUUUUGGAUCAGAAUUCUCAAGUGUCUAGUCACACAAACAGACAGUAAAGUGUUUUUUUACAUGAAUUUAUUGGCUUUUUCAAAAAGUGACAAUAGUCUUUAAUCCAUAAAACUAAAGAGUCACAACAUUGGCUUGAAUAAAAGCACAGCUUGAUGUCUGAAUACAAUACAGAUGACCAACAUGUACUUAACCCCUGAACUAAUAAUUCAAAUACAAUUUUUUGUAAAUAGGCAAAAAAUAUAUCACUGUAGCGAUUCUAAUCUUAGUUUUCAGUAUAUGAUGCACAGACACGCUAUCAGCAUUAAUUACAAAAAGCUAGGCUGGUAAGGAGAUUAGGGUAGCGUUAACCGUAGAGGUAAUAAACAAAGGAUAUUCAUAGUGUUAGUUAAUACAGUGAGUGUGUGUAACUUCUGUGGAGAAGAUACAAAAUCGUCAAAUCAUGAUUAUAACAAAAAGAUGAGUAGAAGGUAUACAACACCGUAGCCGACAGCAGCCGUGGUUAGCAGGCGCAGGUACUCGUAGGGAUGUUACUUAGCCAGUAGUGAUGCUCAGAAAGAAACUUAAUCAAAUGUGCUGCACAAAGGAUAAAUGCCCACAUAGCAACUCAAGGUGCUCAUGUUGCCCCAUCACCAAACAUAUGAAGAUACUUGUUCCAAUAAGUAAUCCCGUUUUCAACUACACAGGUGAGACGCAUCCAGGGAUAUAUUUAAGUAAAAAAAAAAGUUUACUUGAAAAAGCUCAAUAGGAUAAAAUGUAGAAAAUACUGAUCUAAUAUAUUUUUAAAGAAUUAACAGCCCUGUCUGUGUCAGUAGAUUCGCUCCAAGAUGGAAUUUUCAGCAAUUCUAGCAUGAAUGAUUUUGGGACUGAAAACCAACGAAUGACAAAAAAAAAUAAAUCAAAAA